CGGAGGCGUGGCUCCGGCUGUCCGCUAGGCCAAGUGAAAAUGGCGGCGGCCACAACGACGUCGGCUCGACUUGGGCUUCGUUCUCUGAAGCGGUUGCUGCUAGGCCGCACGCGGUUUCCCGGACGGGCCCCGGCCCGAGGCCUUCGCGCUGGAGGAUGCCUCCAACAGCAGGAAGAGUUUACCUCCCUUGAGGAGAAGCCACAAUUCCCCGGUGCUUCAGCUGAGUUUGUGGACAGGCUCGAGUUCAUCCAACCCAAUGUCAUUUCCGGAAUUCCCAUCUACCGGGUCAUGGACCGGCAGGGGCAGAUUGUCAAUCUCAGUGAGGACCCACAGCUUUCUAAGGAGCAAGUCUUGAAGUUCUACAAGAGCAUGACCCUUCUGAACACUAUGGAUCGGAUCCUAUAUGAAUCACAGAGGCAGGGGCGAAUCUCCUUUUACAUGACCAAUUAUGGGGAGGAAGGGACCCACAUUGGCAGUGCAGCUGCUCUCGAUGACACUGACCUUGUGUUUGGACAGUAUCGGGAAGCAGGUGUCCUGAUGCAUAGGGGGUACCCUCUGGACCUCUUUAUGGCACAGUGCUAUGGCAAUGCCAGUGACCCUGGAAAAGGCCGCCAAAUGCCUGUGCAUUAUGGCUGCAAGGAUAUGCAUUUUGUUACGAUAUCAUCCCCACUGGCUACUCAAAUCCCACAAGCUGUCGGUUCUGCCUAUGCCAUCAAGAGGGAGAAUAACAACCGGAUUGUGAUCUGCUACUUUGGGGAAGGGGCUGCCAGUGAGGGCGAUGCCCAUGCGGGGUUCAACUUUGCCGCCACCCUGGAGUGCCCCAUCAUUUUCUUUUGCCGGAACAAUGGUUACGCCAUCUCCACUCCAACCUCUGAGCAGUACCGGGGUGAUGGCAUUGCUGCCCGGGGUCCUGGAUAUGGCAUCCACUCCAUCCGAGUAGAUGGCAACGAUGUCUUUGCGGUGUACAAUGCCACCAAGGAAGCCCGGCGCCGGGCUGUAGCAGAGAACCAGCCAUUCCUCAUUGAGGCCAUGACCUACAGGAUCGGGCACCACAGCACAAGUGAUGACAGCUCUGCGUAUCGCUCAGUGGAUGAAGUCAACUAUUGGGACAAGCAGGACCAUCCCAUCUCUCGCCUCCGUCACUAUAUGGCCGGCCGAGGCUGGUGGGAUGAGGAGCAGGAGAAGAUCUGGCGCAAGAAAUCCCGUAAAAGAGUGAUGGAGGCCUUCGAAGAGGCAGAGCGCAAGCUGAAGCCCAAAUUCCAGCACCUCUUUUCGGACGUCUACUCAGAGAUGCCCUGGCACAUCCAGAAGCAGCAGGAAUCCUUGGAGCGCCACCUCAAGCAGUACGGCGAACACUACCCCUUGGACCACUAUGAGAAGUGAUUUGUAAGUCCUCCUCGCUUUUCAAUGAGCAGGAUUUGCUGAAAGAACUUUAGCUCGAAGAGAGAGCCAUUUGUAAUCACUUCCUUCUCACCAUGAUAAUGGUGCGAAACGAGUUCUGACUCCUCUGAUAGGGAUUUGUGGACAACUGUGGUGAAGGACAAGCACCUAUAAGCUCUGGCACCUUUUGUCGCUCCAGUCCAGCUUGGGUUAGCUGCCCACUGGCUUGUUUUGCCCCAAUUUUAAAACACAGAUAUAUAUAUUUUAGUUGAACAUAGCCUUAUUUAAAGCACAGGAGCAGUUGACGGCUCUACUGCUGUGCAUACGAACUGCCUUAUCUGUGUGCCGUUCCUUUUCUGGACCAGCUUCUCCUGCCUCCUGUUACAUCUGUCUCCCUUGGUUCUGCUAUUCCGCAAACACUGGGCAAGAACCAACAAGCAGCAUCUUGGUUUCCUUUCCUGGAGAAGUUGUGUCCAAAAACAAAGCACAUUUGCCAAAAUUAUUUCCAGUUCCCUUCAAUCAGUUUUGUGAGAUGUAUCUGUUUGGGAGAGAAUGAGAUUGUCCACUUUCCUUUCAAGGUAAACUUGCGGUGGCUGCAUAAAUCUAGUCUGUGUUCCUGUCUUUUGGAGAAGACCUGGCCAAUAACUCCUAAAUGUGUCUUUAGUUAAUUCAUCAAAAUAGUAAAAGGGCUUUCCCUGGAAAUUAGUGAGGAAACAAUUGUAGUGUACACUCUGGCUAUCAAUAAUAACAAAAUAAUAACACAUUAUUUAUAGACUAUCUCCCCAAAGGGACUCAAUAAAACUAAAUUGGUGCUGAAAACAAAAUUUUAAAAAAUAAGAGGUGGAUUACAACUGGGCUUUUGCCUGAUUGUCUUCCUUAGCCAAAGCACCGCUGCAAUUAUUCAGCACUCUCUUGAACUGUUACAUUUUUCCUUAAUCAUAACUGUUAGACAGAAAGCACAAGAUUUAAUUUUAUCUGGGGCUUUGGGAGAAUAAUUGGUGAAUGUCAGCUACUCCAGGCAGCUGUAUGUUUGGUAAGAAGGCAAGUUGGCAAAGUAAUAAAAAAGGAUUUUACAGUA